GUUAUCGAGAGAGCACACAGAACACACAAACAGAAUGCAGCUAAGGCGGCAAGAAGCUGCAGCUGGAACAACGCUGACAACGCUCAACGAUGAUUGCCUGCUGUUGAUCUGUGGCCAAAUCCCAAUUAGAGACCAAUUCAUGCUCAUGCAGUUGGGUGGACGAUUCGAGCAGCUGGUGCUGCAUAUUUGGCAACGCAAAUACGCCGAUGAGUUCGAUUGGCAACUGGAGCCGCAAUUAAAGUUGCUAAGCGCCAGCGAGCAGAGUCAACUGCUGACACACAUGGCCGGCAUGACACGAGCACUGCUUAAUCUCGACGCCAGCACCGAGGGACUACAGCACUGGCUGACGAUCCGAGGUGGAGAAGCAGCAGGUAAACAACAACAGCAAUUGAGCGACAUACAGCGGAUAAGCUUUGCGCAAUGUAACGCGAUGCUGUUGCAACAAUUGCCGCGUGUUGUUGCAGCACCGAACAUUGUCCAGUUGCAACUUGGCGCCUGUUUGGGUGUAACGCCCGCGGAUCUGGUCACACUCUUUGCCCAGCUGAGGCAACUAACGGUGUUCGAGCUGUUGCCAGGCGGCCGAAACAGUGGCUGCUUGUGCAGCACAACUCCAGUUUCAAUUGCUGAGUUGGCCAACGUGGCAUAUUGUCAAACAUUGCAGUGCCUGAAAUUGCCAUCGUGCGCGGUGCGUGCAACUGCCACGGAAAUUGCACGGCUGCCACAGCUGCGGCAAUUGACAGGCUUCCUUUGCUGCAGUCGCGACAUCGUCGCCGACGCUGACAAAGGCAAGGCAAAUGCUGUCGGUGCUGUUGUUGGCGCUGCUGUGGCCACAGCUACCAUAUCCGCCUGCCUCGCGGCGUUGCAAGUUGAUAGGGAUGCGGAUGAGAAUGAGGAUGAGGAGAGUGAAGCAACAGCGGAUGACGAUGACGAUGACGAUGCCGUUGUCGCCUGUCAAAUUGUGGCAUUGAAUUUGCAAUGUCAACUGGAUGGCAGCUUGCUGCGAGUGCUGCAAGGCCACUUGAGAGUGCUGCGACUGCAUCGAUUCGCAUGGCACUCACAGUUGAUGGUGCACUAUGAUGCGACCGAUGGCAGCAUCAAGUGGCUGCCACAGCAGCCGCAAGUGGCGCGUGCGUUGCUCCACUUCAUUGUCAGUCAGGCGGCGAGUUUGCAUGAAUUGGAUUUCACGCGUAAUGUGCAUGCCACGCCCACAUUUCUAGCACAGCUCGAUGAGCAUUUCUUGCACCAUUCACCCAACGCUCGCAAGGUGGCGCAUCAGUUGGCCGUGUGGCACGAUGGCUGCCCCAGGCUGCAGAUGUCAAACGAGCAGCACGAUACAAUUGCCAAUUGCAUUGCCAAUCGAGAGUGCAACAACAAUAACGAUUUGGCCUUUGUGCACUUUGAGCUGCAGCAUUUGGCUAAUGAAAAGACGAUCUGCUGCUGUUGAUGCCAACAUGAUUGAGCGAGGGGCGAGAAUAGAGAGUAUUAAAGUUACCAAAGAC